GUGGCGGCGGUUGCCUGGUGCCGGCGUUGCCGCCUUGAGACCCAUAAUAUGGCUGGGAAGAGGAGGAGGAGACGGCGGCGGAGCUGGCUGCGCUCUGCAGAGAUAGCCUGAUCCCUUUGUCUCCUCUUGAGGUCGUGGAAGAAGAAAGAGAAAGCGAUAGAAAGAGUCCGAAGAGCUUAAUUGUGUGAUAAUGGAGGAAUAUGAGAAGUUUUUUGAAAAAAGCCUUGCCAGAAUCCAGGAAGAGUCACUGCCUAAAGAAACUUUUCCAGCUGGUCACCUUGAGAACAUUUCACUCAUUCGUUUCCAUGGAGUUGCGGUGCUUUCUCCAUUGCUCAGUGUUGAGAGAAGAAAAGAAAUGCAGCAAGAGAAGCAGAAAGCACUUGAUGUAGAAGCUCGCAAACAGAUUAGUAGGAAGAAAGCCUUACUGAAUCGUGUUCAGGAGAUUCUGGAAAAUGUUCAGGUCAGAAAAGCACCAAAUAUAAGUGAUUUUGAUCAGUGGGAACCUGAGGCAGUUUACCGUAAUUCAGAAGUCAAAAACUUGGAUGUUCCCACUAUACUUCCAAAGGAUAGUUUGCCAAGUCUUCCUGAACAUUCUGCCUCAACAAAGGUUCAAGAGACUAUUGAAAUUUUGCCUGCUGAUACCACUGCCCAAGUAAAACUGAAUGGGACAGAUUCAGGUAAAGGAAUAGGAGAAUGCAUUUCUGACAAACAAAGUGACAGCCCUAAUCCUAACCUGAUGGGAAAAGAAACUUCUCCAGAGACAUCUGCAGAUACUUCACAAGAGACUCUGAUUGCAGAUGAGAUCCCCAAAAGAGAAGGAGAAUUAGGGCCCUCCCGGGUUGAGGAAGCCACCUCAGAUCCAUAUAUAAUGAGCCUUCAGAAUCUUAUGAAAAAAUCAAAGGAAUAUAUAGAAAGAGAACAAAUUCGACGUAGCAUAAGAAAUAACUCAAAGAAGAGCACCACUGAGAGCCACUCAGACAAAGAGAAUGAUGCUGUUAAGAUGAGUGACUCUGGGAAAGAAAACACAAGAUGUAUAAGCAAAAGUUGUGGUUCACUUUCACUUGAUAAGCCAAGCCUUAAUAAAUCAAACAUACUUCUCCAAAGUGCUACCACCCAGACUCAACUAGCUUUAGCUAGCUUCUCCAAAGUGGAUCUACCUGUGCGAAUGGGUACACCCACUCUUUUAGAUUCAGAUGAAGAUGAAGAUUUUAAAGUCACCUCCACUUUUGAUCCUGAAAGUAGCGUUGUCAAAAGUUUUACAGGUUCCUAUGCCAAGUUACCUAGUCCAGAGCCAAGCGUAAGUCCUAAAAUGCAUCGGAGACGACCUAAGUCUUCAUCAACAGGGCACAUAUUUAUAAAUAAUCCAGUAAAUGCUUAUGAAUUGAGUCCUAAAGAAAAGGGAAGGGCCAUGGAUUUAAUCAUACAAGAUAUUAAUGAAAAAACAAAUAUAUCUGAGUCUGUGCCAAAAUUUCCUAUUGACUUAACUGAAGUUUGUUCCAGCAAAGUUCCUAUAGUCAGCAAAAAUACUUCUGAAACUGGAGAUGAAGAAUCAGACUUAGGUAAAUCAAAUGAAAUGGAUCAACAUUCAGCCAACCAAUUUGAAAACAGAGUCAUUCAGGUAACUGGUACAGUGGAGGGUCAAAUAGCAUCUGAUGGGAGAGAGCCACACAAAAUAGACAAUAAUUAUACAAUAGUUACAGAAUUGCAUGAGCCAUAUGUAGCCAGUCAGUGCAUGGUGAGUCAAAAAUGUGGAAUAAGGAAUGUAAUCAAGCCAACUAGUGUGUUAGAAAAAAACUGUAAUUCACAAAUGGAACUGAAUAAAUCUUAUGAUGUACAAAAUCCAUCUCCACUCCUGAUGCAAAGCCAGAAUAAAAGACAACAGAUGGAUACACCAAAUGGGCCUUGCGGAAAUGAACAAUUUGUGGAAAACAGUUUUGAGAAGGUUAAGCGGAGACUUGAUUUGGAUGUUGAUGGCUUACAAAAAGAAAGCAGCCCUUAUGUCCUAACAACUGGAACAGUUGAACAGGAGAAACGAUGGAUACGGGAAAAAAGAUAUCCUAAGGGAUCUGUAUUUAUUAACAAGAAUGAACUGUUAGAAAUGAGUUCCAGAGAGGGAGAAGAAAUGCUAAAAAAUAAGAUGUUGGCUUUUGAAGAAAUGAGGAAGAGACUUGAAGAACAGCAUGCUCAGCAGUUAUCAAUACUUAUAGCUGAGCAGGAGAAAGAGCAAGAGAAAUUACAAAAGGAAAUAGAAGAACAGGAGAGAAUACUAAAAGAGAAGAAGGAAACUACAGCAGAAACACCUGAAGUGAAACAUAACAAAGCUGUGGAAUUAGAAUGGCGAAAAAUAAGUGACAGUGGCUUACUAGAAACAAUGUUGUCGCAAGUGGACACCCUCCAUAUUGCCAAUUCAAAUAAUUCUGCUUUUACAAAUUCUACCCUACAACAUAGCUUUGCUUCUACAAGUGAAGUACCAUUCUACCUCUGGGGAUCAUCAACUAGUGGUUUGCCCAAAAUCGCAGUAACAAGGCCUCUGGGAAGGGGCAAAAAUAGAUGUUCUCAGGUUUUUAGUCUAGAAGUACAAGCAAAAUUUGACAAAAUAACUGCAGUGGCAAAAGGAUUUCUUACCCGUAGGCUCCUACAGACAGAAAAAGUGAAACAUCUCCGGCAAACAGUAAAAGAUACAAUGGAGUUCAUAAGAAGUUUUCAGUCAGAAGCACCAUUAAAAAGAGGAUCUGUUUCAGCACAAGAUGCUUCUCUACAAGAAAGAGUAUUAGCUCAGCUUCGAGCUGCCUUAUUUGAUAUUCAUGACAUAUUCUUCAUAAUGGAUGCAACAGAAAGAAUGUCUAUUUUACAUCAUGAUCGAGAAGUGCGUAAAGAAAAAAUGCUUAGGCAAAUGGAUAAAAUGAAGAACCCACGAGCAUCUCUUUCAGCUGCAACACAGAAAUCUCUGGAUAGGAAGAAGUACAUGAAGGUCGCUGAAAUGGGAAUGCCAAAUAGAAAAAUUCUUAUCAGACAAAAGCCUUCUGAAACAAGAGUACUUCAGCCAAGUCAAGGACAAAAUGCUCCUAUUCAUAGGCCACUCUGUAGACAAGGAACCCCUAAGACAUCAGUGAAGGGGGUUGAGCAAAGUAGAGAGAAGUCCUCAGACAACAGAAUGCCUAACAGAGUGCCUGUUUCAGGAGCAUAUGCAGGAAAAACCCAAAGAAAGCAGCCAAAUGUUGCGACAAUUUAAGAAGACAGCAUUCGCUAGGAUAAAACAAUGUUGGUUAUGCUCAUGUA